CAAAUCAAAUGUUUCAAAAUACAACCAAACCAAAGUCAUGAGGCGCCAAAGGCAGACAGCACGGAAAGAAAGGGGAUAUAUUCUUGUAAAUGUAAACCCACAUUGUGUACUUGCAACUGUACAGUUUCCAAGCCACAGCUUAAGAGCAAUGAGAAGUACCCAGCCGAUGAUUUUCGUCGCAAUCGUCGAACCAAGCCAAAUCGAAAAAGCAGACACAGUUGAUAUGGCCGUAAGAUUAGGCUACGAUAAGAUCCUGAUUGAAAACUCGGGAACGAACUUGCACGAAUAUCUGACAGAAGCCCAGAAUGCUCUCAACUCGCAAGAAAUCGUGAGGACCUCCAUGGCUAUAAGUGAAUCUGUGUACACGGCGUUGGACAAAAGCCGUGACCUUGUUCUUAUAACAGAUACCAACAGCAUAGUCCAAUACGUCAAUUGCCCGUUUGCACUAGUCCUCGGCUACUCGCGCGACGAGAUCAUCGGAAAGCAGGCCACGAUCUACCAGGAUCACAUGGACCUUGUCCCCGCACUCAGGCAAUUAGAAAAAGGUUUCGAAUGGCUUGGAAAAAUUAGAUGGAGAAGCAAGAGUGGAGACAUCGUCGGAUUGCAGUGUAGGGCCCUCCCGUUUAGUCCUCUUACUACUUUGCCUACGCAUUAUUUGUACAUGCAGGACAACCCUUUUGAGAAUCACAUCUACCCAAGGGGAAGUCUGCCAUCGAUUCGAAAAGGAUCGUAUGAUUUGAAGUCUAUAAUCAGUGAAGGAUCAGCCCGUAGACAAAGCCUGGCGAAACUGUACAAUCUACCGCUGGAAGCACCAAUCACCAAGGUGCUGUCACUUUUGUGCUCUGCGCAGGAAAACGCUGCACCUUCUGUGGUUCAGAUGCUGGAGCAGGUAAUGGACAUCUUAAGAACCACGGAGCUUUACACAUCACAUUUAAAAACCGACAACCUUCGAGCUGAAGACCCAUUGACCAAAAAUUUGAUCGCAGCACUCGUAGCGCCAGCUACGUCAGCCGUUAUGCCAAGGCGAAGCUCCAGCGAAUCGAUCGUCACUAAGAAAAAACCGGGCAUCAAAAAGAAUAACGUCAUGCUUCCAAUGUCUAAAGAGUUGAGGGAAGAAAUGGAUAAAAUCUCUUCUUGGGAUUUCGACGUGAUUCAAAUUGAAAAGAUGACAAGUUGCAAACCUCUUGUGUACAUUGGUAUGAGGAUAUUUUCGACUUUCUCUGUCCACCGGACUUUAGCAGUGGACGAAAAGACCAUUUACGGCUGGCUUGUCACAAUGGAGAAAAAUUACAAGCCGGCGAACACAUACCAUAACUCGACACAUGCAGCGGACGUUCUCCAAGCAACUGCAUGCUUUUUAAUAAAGUUGAGACAGAAGAAAUUGCUGGAUCCACUAGAUGAAGCAUGUUGCCUUAUAGCAGCCACUGCCCAUGACCUCGGACAUCCGGGAAAAUCAAACACAUUUUUGACCAACUCCAGUCACGACUUAGCAAUAUUGUACAAUGAUAACAGUGUAUUGGAACAGCACCAUGCUGCGCUCACUUUUAAAUUAACUUUGAGCGAUGAGCGUAUAAAUAUAUUCAAAGGCCUUGAUAGAAAAACCUAUCCGUUGGCUAGAGCUUGCAUCAUCGAAAUGAUCUUGGCGACUGAUAUGUCCAAACAUUAUGAACACUAUACGAAAUUCGUCACUGUUUUUAACAAACCCAAUGAGGAGAAUGCGGAAAAUAGACAGCGAGAACGAAAAAAUUCGUCCGAGUGUGAUAAUGAUGGAAAACACAUCACGCCAGAGGAUAUCAUGCUUGUGAAGAGGAUGCUGAUUAAAUGCGCUGAUGUCUCAAAUCCAACCAGGCCGAUACAUUUGUGCAAACAAUGGGCCGGGCGAAUCGCCGAGGAGUACAUCGCCCAGACCGACGAAGAAAAAAGCAGGGACUUACCUAUUAUUCUCCCUGGAUUCGACAGAGAUAAUCUGUCUAUCCCAAAGACGCAAAUUGGCUUCAUGGAUUAUAUAGUCAAUGCGAUGAUUGAGGAAUGGGACUCAUUCAUCGAAAUGCCUGAAAUGCUGUAUCAUUUACGUAAGAAUUAUGACUAUUGGAGAGAGCUCUCAGAAAAAGGAGUUACGGGUAUCGAGGAUCCCGAAAAAAGGAGAAGCUCAAUAGAAAACUGCACACAGGUUGAACAACUAACGGAAAACAAGACGCCCAGACGAGAAAGUUCCUCAGAAGAAAGCUCUAAUCUCAAUUGAAAAUCAUAAUUCCCAAAAUUUAAGGAUGUAAUUAUAUAAUUCAGAUGUAUUUAUUAUAAAAUUGCCACUUUAAAAUUAUUCUUUCUUAAAUUAACGUAAAAUGCAGACCAUUUUGAAAACCAUGAUUUCAUUGUCACAAUAUUUGUACUAAAAAAGAAAUUGAUCACGCUGGUUUUUUGUUUCAAAUGAUGGACAAAUAAGUCUUUAUGUUACAAUAGAUAACACAAUCAAUUAUUUAUUCAACAGUUAAAUGAGUGCUAUAUUUUAUCUAGUCUAUGAAUUAAAUUUGCGAAAAGAAAACCUGGUUUGAAAAGUUAGCACUUUAAAACUGAAUUUUCAUUGUUUUUUAUUGUUUUCUUUUCUUCCUUUUUUUAAAUAUUAUAGUAUGUAAAUGUUGAUCCACUGUUACUUGCUGUAAUACAAUUUAUAUUUAUUGUAGAACUGAAGAUAUUUUCGAUGACAUCGUCAUAUUCAAUUCAUGGUGGCUUGGUAAUGUUUAUGUCACUGUGUUACAAUAUUUAUAAUUAUUACAUUCAACGUUCUAGCAAUGAAUUUUACACUAUAAUGUAAAGUGAAAAUAAAUCUCUGACAUAACAUAUUAUA